GUUGCGCACUCUCCACCCUCCCCCCCUCCCCCCACAUACGGCUUAUUUUCGUAGUCUGCACGUCCGCCAUUAUUGUUUGGAGACUAUGUCUGAAGAAAAGGAAGCAACUUUCAGAGCAAUCGACGAUGACUUACAAAAGGAAUAUAGUGACGGUGAGCCUGUUAAAACCUUUUUCUUUGUGAUUACACAAGUAAAAGCUAUCAGGAAAUAAUUUUUUAUUUGAUCGUUUGACAGCAACUCCGUCUGGAACUGAAGAUGUCGAACGCAAAGACGAUGUAAUGUCUUUCAUCGGUCAGGUAAGAGUCAAGGUCGUAUCACAAUAUUACACACCGAAUAUUCGUAUCGCAAUAAUUUGCCUGUAUUUCAAUCACCUGUAUUGGAGUUGCACUUGUGAAAUUAAGGAAAACAAUCUGAAGCUAAGAAAUCUUUCUCUUUAACUGCUCCAAUCGGGGGAAAUUAUAAGUCGGUCUUUUCUCUGUUUGAUUUCUGAUGGCAUUUGACCGCCGUUUGAAGACUUCCUUGGUUCAUUACUUUUUAUGGUUUCACACCAUAUCGAAUCUCGAAACAUUUUAGAUGCGAUUGAAAAGAAAAGAAGAAAAUUCAAAAUACGUGCGAUGGAUUAAUUGUCAUCUACAAUAUUCGAUGGCGGUGGCGGAUCAAUGGUAAUCGUGAAGUAGCUGUAUAUUUUUAUCAAUAAAGUACAUGCUAAUAUUGACACAGAAUUGUGCACGCGGCUGAAUUUCUUUGACCUUUAAACUCGACAAAGAAGCUUUCAAGUUUUCGAAAGUUAGAUCAGACAACUUUUAAAAGACUGAAAUGUAUCACCUCAAUGUCACGUUUUCGCCAUCAAAAAGUUGAAUAACAUAGCGUGCGGGUUAUCCACCAGUGCGGGUAAUCUGUUGACUUUUUUUUUCGCCGUAUGCAAUAAUCGGCCGGUGCGGUUAAUCGGCCGCGCGGGUAAACGGCCGGAAAUUACAGUAACAUCAAAAUCAACCACAACUUGGAAUAUAUAUGAACUUAAUUUGUUUCUCCUUUGUUUUUAUUAGAUGGAAGAUGAGUAUUACUUUAGGCAUGAAUUUGAUAGACUUUUGAAUUUUUUUUUACAAGCUCAUUUUCAUUUGCGACACUAAACGAAACAAAAUGGAAAUCUGUAAUUUGCAAAAUAAAAAUCUUAAAUUUGCGAAUGGUCACUGUUCAAUUCACCCUAAGCAUGCAGGCGUACUUUUGGCAAGACAGUGCUCAGUAUUUACAUACGCAACCUAGCAAAUAAUAUCAACUAGUAUCAACACUUGAACCCCCAACCUAAAAUCCUCUCCAGAUCUCUGUCCAAUAUCGAAGAAUUUUGCCGUAUUAAAGGAAAAUGGCAUGAGAUCACAGUCAUGUUUUCCCUCUGAGGAGGAAUGUGUGAGGCUUCCAAUUUUCUGUCGGUCACAGGAAGUGCAUGUCACGCAUUCAAAAUAUUUAUCAAUAGCUUACAAGGGAAGAUUUCGCAAAGUAAACCUCUGGGAUUUUCAUUUUGCACUUUUGCUAGUUGUUAUUUGCUAGGUUGUGUAUCCGAUUCAUCCCUCUGACCGGUGGUCACGAAGUUUAGAGCUUUUCUUGUUUCAAAUAACAGCAUAAUUACAAAUUUUGGGUUCAUUUUGUCUCAUUUUGCAAAUUACAAUAAGCCAUUUAACCCUGUACUAUUCUUUGUUGGAUGUCUUGUUUUCCCUCUAUUUCAUCUGACUUGUUUUCUUGAUGUCACUGUACAAUUCUUGUUUGCUGUUUGCUUUUCGGUCAAAUUAAUUUUCAUGCAUUUAUAAAUUUUUCCUUUUUUUCAUUUAUUAUUCACGCAAUCUUGUUUAAGUUGGUAAAUCUAAGCUUAUAUUAUAUGAAAAAUAAUACAGCUCUUGAGGUAGCCUCUUUCAAAAACAUAAAAAUGUAAAUCCUUUAUGUUAAAAAAACAGAAUGCAGAUUUGGAGGAUGUUGAUUCGUCAUUUGAGGAAUCAAGCACCCCAAGUAGUGAGACUGACUCAGAGCAUGAAGAACAGCUUGGAAUGUCUCUGAAAAAUCUUCCUGGCAAUCUGAUGAGCUCUCAGCAAGGUCAUUUUGAGCAGGUUGCACAAUCAACAAAGAAUUAUCCAGAUUCUGUUGAGGCAAUUCAAGCACUAAAAACCCAGUUAGGAGGGAAACAUUUCAUCAGGACAAAAAAACAGCGUGUUGGCGAGAUACAUCGGUUAUCCUUGGAAAUAAGCAGGAAGUUGCAAAGUACAGGUAAGCUUAGCUUGUCCUUAAAACAUUUUAUCUACUUAACAAAUAGAUUCCAAGUUGCCAUGCAUCUGUUCAGUAAUAGAUCACAGAUGACGUCAAAAUUUGUUGAGAACAAAAAAGUGGCACACGAGGCGCAGCUGAGUGGGUCACUGAUGUUCUUACCACAUUUUGAUGUCCUCUGUGAUCUAUUACUGAACAGACACACGGCAACUUGGAAUCUAUUUGUUUUAUAUAAUUAUAAAGAAUUGUAAAAGUUUUAAUGAUGAUGUCAUCUAUACAUCUGUCCUCCAAUAGAUCACAAGUGAGAACCAAUCAGAAUGGGUGCAUAACUGAGCUUAUUAUAUAAAUGCAUUUAGAUUAUUCUUAUUUAUGUUUCUUAACCCUUUGAAUACCACAACAAUUGUUACCAUUUGUAACUGGCAGUCAUCUUGGAUUUUUGGACAAAACAGCUUCAUCUUCUGCAUAGUUGAAUAACUCUUGAAAUUACAAAAUAAAUUUUUAAAAUGUGCUCAGAAAUGUGGAAUGUAGUAGUAUGUAUCAGGUUAAUGAUCUGGUGAAACUGACUGGGCCUGUAACACUGCUUCCAGUGUAUUUCUAUGUGGGAGAACUCUCUCUGAACUCUGACAGCAUUACUUCCUCUUCCUCUUCCUCUAGUGGGUGCCAUAUUGCCACUCACAACACUAUGCUUGCAUCCUCAUCUUCUUGGUGGCUUUCACCACUUCCCUCUGUACUGUGAUUGUCAAUUUUAUCUUACUCUUACAAGUUAUUGCCACUGUAUUCAGACAAACUUUUAUUUGCUAUUUCCUUUAAAAUGCAAAUCAUUGACAGGGUAAAUCGCUGUAAAGCCUUCUUGACUCUGUAAACACAUGCACAUGAAGCCAUAAUUAAAUUCUAGGAGAAAAACUUGCAACUAUCCUCAUGUAAUGUAGUCAUGAAAUUUGUUUGCAGUCUGUAAUCAUGGUCAGCAUAAUUACUGGUCUCCCCAUCCCUCUCUAGUGAACCAGAGAAAUCUUCCAACCAAAGUAAAUAUAUUCUGUGGAGAAGGUGAUGUGGUGUCAGAAAUCACAUAGGACUAAUUUAUGCAUCUCCUUCAGUUAUUUUUGUUUUAUGCGCAUGUCUCAAAAUAUUUCAGAUGUUCACCAUCAGUUGUGCAUUGUUUAUGUGAAAUAUGAAUUUGAUUGAGGGAGUUGAUGGGUAACAUUUUUUUCUGACUUACACACAUAGGUAUAAUGAACAAAGUAGAAGAAUGUUUUGUGGAAGGAUCACAGUGAUCAGUUGAUGUUACUGUAUUCCACUUUUAUUUUUGCAUGGUUCAUAGGUGUGAAUGGUACCAAUUCAAGCUGUGCAAAUGGAUGGGAGCAUACUGGCACUAAACCCAAAUCAACUGUCCCAGGAGCCCCCUCAAGUUCAGUGCUUGAUAACAAGGUUUUGGUUGGAAAUGGAUGGGAGCAUACUGGUGCUAAACCCAAAUCAACUGUCCCAGGAGCCCCCUCAAGUUCAGUGCUUGAUAACAAGGUUUUGGCUGGGCAAUCCCACGUUAAAGACAUACAUGAACAGCUAGGCAGUGGAGGAGGGCCAUCUAUUGGGUUUUCCUUACAUGGAGCUUCUAACGGGGGACUCUCGAGGGAUGAGACAGGCAUGUUGAGAUGUGCUCUACCAUCACCAGAACAUGGAGGACAGCAAACAAUGGCUCAUGGGCCACAACAGUUCCAAGAGACUCCUAAACUGAGCUUGGAGGCAGGUAAGCAUCACUUCUUCUAGAAACAUUUUACCCACUCAGAUUAGCAUUUAUUUAUAAAUUAUUCAGUAUUAAAUAAUUGGCCAAAUAAAUCAAAUGCUGUAAACACUUGCAGAGAGGCAGAGCCUUUUUUCCCAAAACAAAUCAGAGACAUGACUUUUCUUGGUGAAGAAAAUGUAUAAGGUUAGAAAUUGAUCAUUGCUUGUGCAAGUUUGGUGGCUAUUUUAAGUCUUUUGUUCAUAAUCAUAAGUAAAAGUUCCUUGCUAUGGAGAGACAAUAAACCUUCUUUGUUAGGAGAGUUUUCAACCACUUUAAGGUUGCCUCAGCUCCCUUGAACUGCUAAACAUUAUUUGACAAGGAAUCUUGGGGUGUAUUGCAUUGAAAAUUUAGACUGCUUCAAAAACUAGUAGUACCAGUAUCCUUUCUCCUGAUCAAAUGCCUGGCUACCAAGCUAUGAAUGAACCAAAGAAUGAUAGCAAGAUUUCCUGUUGGUUUAUGUAAAACUAUAUUGAAAAUCUAACUGGAAUGAAAGAAUACACAGGUUGAUCAAUACCAGAGUUAGAUAUAUUAUGAUAAAUGUUAGAUGAUAAUCUUUGAGCAAAGUAGGUGCUUGCAAAAAUAUUAACCUGCAUGGUUGUGUUUUUCUGAGAUCAGCAAUCUGGAAUCAAAUAAAUGCCUUUCUUUUCAUCUUCAGAGGAGACACUGAAGUAUAAAACUUUUAGCAUUUGAUAUUUUUUUCAUCUUUAAUUUUCAUUUUCAUCAGCAAAACUCAGAAUACAGCAAGUACUAGAAGUAGUUCAAAUGGUUCUUUUUGUGUCCAGAUAAAUCAGCCAAUAGGGAAAAAACGAACCUAACUGCAGGAAGCUCUCAUGGGGAUAAUUGAAGAAGUGCAUGGAAAAGAAGCCCUUAAUGGCAUUUGAUAGACUGCUAGUUUCUCUCUUACAAUUGUCUUGUAUUUCCAUGUGAUGCUCAGGUAUAAAUUGAUAUUCCAUCAAAAGCCACCCAAGACAGUAUUCUUUGCACCUCUUUCAAAUAGUUUUUGGUGUUAAAAUAUUACAGGUGUUCAUCACUAGUUUUGUGAUUUAAACAGUAAUUGUUAAUUAUAUAGGAUAAGAAAUUCAGUGUUUGUGUUGGUAGUCCUAUGACCAACCAAGGUAGUUGUCUUGAAAUGAAUGGGAAAGAUAAUUGUAACAUGUGGGUGAAUUUGUUUAAGUAUCAAAGUGAUUGGCUGGUUUUGUUAUAUCCCUCUUAAAUUUUUUGGUUCUCUCACUUUGCAGAGUAUGUAGACAUGGAAAGCAUGUCCAGUGGUGCAAAUGAGUGGAAUGGACUGCCCCAUAAAACACCAGCAUGCGGAAUUAACCCUGCGUUUUUGGCCCGACACUCAACAGACCCUCUCCUUGGAGGUUAUACAGCAAGCAAUGCUGAAGCAAGCAAUAGUCAAAGUCGCGUAAUUCAACUGGAACAGAAUGAAGUGCACUGUAUACAACAUAAUAUGCCAUCUGAGCAAGAUGACAUAGUCAGGUGGUCAUCUGUAAACAUAGAAAGAGAAAGAAUUGCAAGGAGAUGGUGUUCUUGUUACAGAGUAAGUGGGUUAAUUAAAAGAGUGUGCCAGGCUGUGACCAUUUUGGUCUCCAUGCAUUGCAAGUAGAAACAUUUUUGGCUGCUUAAUUUGCUGUAAGAAUGUGUUCAGCAGUUCAGCAGAUGCAGAAAUCAAGUUAAACUGUGAUAAUGCUGCUUUCUCCUCGACUAUCUGUGAGAAAAAAAUUUGAGGUGUGGCAUAAACAUCCAAAGACCAUUACAAAGAAAAUAUAUAUCAGAAUGUUCAAAUGUUUAAAUAUUCACUUGUAGUACACAGAUGUCAUGUAAUGUUGCAGUAAGCCUUUUAGGAUUUUUUUUCAUUUUGUUUUCUGGGAACCAUUUUAAAACUUUAAUUUGCCAAGGAGCCCUACAAAAGAUUUUGUUUUUAGUUUUGUUUUUCUUUUACAGAUAGUUUUAUGAGGAGGGGGAAAUUACUAAUAUUUUUAAUAAAUUUUUUUAAUUCUCUUGUUUUUGUCAACAGGAUGAUCCAGAUUCUAUGCCCAUUUGUGAAGUGUGUUAUAGGCACCGUUACUGGUGAGUAUUUUAAUGAGUCAGUUUACAGAGUGUGAGCAAAAGUUGUUAAAAAUUUUUUAAAAGUUUGGCCUCUUUAAGUAUUUUACUGUAAGCACUGGCAUAUGAGCUGCAUUCAUAGGGCUUGGCUGCAUACCAUUUUGGAAAAAUGUUUUUGAAAAGAAAUUGAAAGAAUCCCAAGUGGAAUCUUAAGAAGGUACUUUACUUUGAUUGCUUCAUCAAAGGUACAUGUAGAUGCACACAAAGUUGAAACAGUACCAUUAAUAACAUUAAAAACAGAGAUUACUUUGAAUCCUUACCUAUAAUUGCUGGGUUGCUCACAGCUUAAUAGCCAGGCACAAGAUCAGGAGAAAGAGUACUGGAUGUAAGUUGCUUUUGAAGCUUCAAUUUCCUUUGCAGUACAUGGCAAGGUUUCUUGUCAAGUAACAUUUAGCUGCUGAAGGAAGCUAAGGCAACUUUUGACCAAUGAGAAGGUCCCUUAACAAAUUACUCAACAAAAAUAUAAGCUUAUGCUUACAAACAAAAACAGCUGCUCUAGGGGCCACCAAACUGGCAAAAGCAUUGAUAAAUUUCUAUCCCUGUUUUUUUUUUAUGAAGUCCUUAUAAGUUUGCUAUACAGACUCAGAAAUUUUUUAUGAAUUGGUUUAAUUUAUGCAAAUUUGUGGAAUGUUUUCCAGAUGUUCUUGGAGACAAGCUCCACACCUGAUUUGUUACAAAAAUUUUAGGGAAAAGGUGUGGCUUAUAUGCCAGUGUGACAGUAUUAAUUUGUUAAUUUACGUUUUUAAUUUUUUGCUUGGGUAAAAACUUAUUUCCACUUAAUCUUAACAUGUUUACCAAAAUUAUGUCAGAAAUCCUCUAAGCAUUGUGGCAACUGAUGUGGAACUUUUAGCUAUCAAAGUCAUAAAACAGACAGUGUGGCAUAUGCCUUGUAAUGUAAUGUGCAGUUUAGAAAAGAGCUGUUUAGUAGUUGUUGAUUUCCUUCAAUGUGAAUUUUGUUUUGUUUGUUAACACAGUGGACCUGGAUAUCAUCCCCUAAUGAACCGUGUGGAUUUAUGUUGCCACUGCUUUGAGGUAUUGUAUUUUUGCCAAAAAAUUACAAAUGUAGUGAUCUACCCCUUUAGUACAAAUGUCUUUUGUUCCCCAGCCUUCUGCAGCCAUUCAAAUCAAAGAUCGCAGCCAUAGUUUUUUGUUACGAAAAUACUGAGUACUUGCUUUCCAAAGUUAUACCUGAGCAUAGAAGGACCUCUAAACAGGAGCAACUUUCUCUCAUUAAAAUGAUUGACGCAGCUCCAGUUGUUUCCAACAGAUGUUUGUUAGUGUUUGCAUGAAGGAAAAGGAGGGCUCACUGUGGGCUGUUUCUGUCAUUAACCCUUUAGACCUUAUAAUCAGUAUGCUAAUAAUUU